CACCUGCUCUGAGAGCCCUCACACCGCCUGACGAUGACGAGGGGACAAAAUGAAGCACCGUGGUCAUUGUCUGCGAUAUUUUUCAUGUUGCUACUGCUCUUUGAGCAGGAUGUAUAUGGAGUACGUGCUGGAAGCCAACGUAAGUUCCGAGGGGUCAAGAGAGAUGAUCAAUGGUUGAGAUGGUGCGGGAAACAUUAUCAACAGGGAUCGCCUGCUGACUCGCAAUUUGUUUUGGACGGUCGGUCAACAUCCCCGGCAGCAUCUAGCGCACCACUUUUGGACAUUAGAUGCACCCCUAUGGUGCAGCCGUACCUGAGCUCCGAUACCACGGGCUCGAUAAUCAUCGAUGCCAACGUAACGCACGAUGUUGGGCAGGCCCUUCCCAGUGACUUCUCCGAAUCAUCGACCCCGACCCUGAAUGUCACCGUCUUCCUCGCAUCGUCACCCUCUUCCCCGCUUGUCCAACUUCAGAUGCCUGUUGGAAGCAUCGGCGCCGAAGCUUCGUUUUCGCUCGCCUCUCUUCCACCUGCGACUACCCCGUACAACCUCACCUGCAGCGCCUCUCUCUCAUCAAGCUCUUCCGCAAGGUUCAUCACUAAUACCACCCUUCGUCGCCUACCUCCAAACCCGUACAAUGGCUCCGUCACCAAGAUUGACCGACGAACGGGCGCAAUGCUCCGCCAGUCGUCGAGCGGGAAUGGCUCUUGGGAUCCAAUCCUGACGUUCGGCUUCUACACCGGUUUCGACGCCUUGGCUUCGAACCUCUCGAUCGUGGAUCAGAUGAAAGCUAUCGGGCUGAAUACGAUCCAUCUGAUUCCGCCAUACGACAACUUGACUGCCUUGCAAUCGAUAUUGGACAAAGCGGAUAGCGCUGGGAUAUCGUACAUGGCAGACUUCAGGGACAUCUACCAAAAUUUGUCCGCUGUGUCCCCGUUCGUAGAAUUAUUCAGGAAGAGGAAAGGUCUUUUGGCGUGGUAUACUAACGACGAGCCGGAUGGGCCAGGAGACGACCCGGCCGCAACAACCGCGGCGUACGAGUUUCUCUACAGCAACGAUGGAUAUCAUCCUGUAUCUCUCGUGCUGAAUUGCUGGGACUUCCACUGGACGGACUACACGUCCGGUGCUGACAUCGUGCUUAGCGACCCGUACCCAAUCGCUGUUAAUACGACGUUUUCGCAUCGGUAUGGCACGGUUUGCAACGCGACAUAUGGUUGCUGCGGCUGCGAUGACUGCACCGGCGAUCUAACGGACAUCACGAACAAGAUGGAUACUUGGUCCGAACGACGACGCUUCGCUGGCCGCGACCGCAAUCUGGCUAUUUGGAGUGUACCCCAAGCUUUCGAUGGAACAACGGAAUUUUGGGAGCGUGUGCCCACUGGACCAGAAUUCAAACUCCAGACGAUCAUGGCUGUGAAUCAUGGAGCAGUUGGCAUAAUGCCGUGGGAUGCGCCCACGACGGACGACAUCACACAAGCUGCGGCCCAGAUCGCUCCCGUAUUCAGCAAGACGCUCGCGCCGUGGCUGUUAGAUCCCACCGCUACCCGUCUUUCCCUGACGCAGUAUGUGAAUGAAUCCAAGGUCGACGUUGCAGCAUGGGCUCGUCCAGCGACAAAUUCGAGUUCUGCAUACGAAGCCCUCAUACUGGCCGCAAACUUGAACUACGAGACAGUAGUAAUUAGAAUCGACCUCGGUGGCGCGCAGUUGACCAUGGUUGCGGCCCCCGUGCAAUCCGUCUUCGGUAACGCCACAGCCGAUGGUAGCGGAGCCCUCAUCUUGCGCUUGGACUCAACGGGUAUCAGUGGCCACAUUCUACCCCUAUCCUCUGCGCCAAUUUCGACAACAAAUGCUAAUACGACAACUACUGAUGGUCCGAAUGCGAAGGGAAAGGCGCGGAGUGCAGGAUCACGGAUCUGCGAGAGCCUCCUUGCUGAUAUGUGGACAAGGGAAUGCUUGGGACGAUGGCAUGUCGGAGCCGCGUUGCUGACUGUAGCACUAGGAUGGCUGUGGCAGCAGUCGUAAAUUAUUCCCGAUCCCGUGUACUAUGGUUUCGUGGAAGCUUCCGUUUCAAUGCAGUUCUCCCGAAGACAGUCCCCUGAGACCGACGAGCGUUUGAACACUUAAUAUUUGUUGUUUCAUCCCCCACGAGAAGUACUCCCGCCGCGGGCCCGUCCUCUCCCUCUCCUUCCUCCACGUGAGCUUGCAUUUGCGUCUUCAGCGCCACCGAAUCCUGCGGGCGGCGGUGGCGGUAAUUCUGCUCCCGGAUCGUCGAUCCGUUGGAGAAUUAUGGUGGAAGGAUCGAUUGCUGCACUGGCGUUCCUGUUGACGGUAGGGGACGUGCGUCCACCUCGACCACCCCGCCGACCGGAAGCAGGAGCAAAGCUUGCGGUAAGUUCCUGAGGCUGAGCCUGAUUGGCUGAUGCAGAAGCUGAUGUCGAGUCAGAGGUUUCCGGGUGAUUUCUAGCUUGACGAGCCCGUAUGCCAGCUCCACCCAGGGCUGCCUCAAACUGGCGGGAAGCCAGACCAAUGACGGGUCGUACACGACGUGCCGGUGGUGCCUCUCCGUUGAGAGUAACCGAAGAACCUGCGCUCGUUGACGCAACGGAUGCUUCUGCAACAACUGUGGGACUGGUUGCAGGAUUAGUUUCAGCGGUUGGACGAGACGGCCGCUCGCGUUUAGGUUUGACUGGAGACUGCUUCGGCGGUGAGGAGGGUCCCGCAGUGGAAGUGCUCGUCGACUGCGACGGCUCGGCGCUGGCCUUUGUGCCGCGCUUGCUCCCUUUCUUGCCACCUGUUUGGGCAUCUUGCGCCCUUGCAGGAAGACUUGCCUUGCUUGACGAACCGGGCACACCGCUCUUCGACGCAGACCCAUCUUUCGAUGGCGCGUUUCCGACCUUGGCAGUCUUUCCAGCCGUGCCAGAAGUCUUAUCUCCCUUCUGGGAAGCGAGAUGGCCUGGUUUCACGUUCGCAGUCAACGUGGAUGUCCCAGUUGUAGCGGCUUUCUUUGAGUCACGCUUAGCGGCAAGAAUUGUCGGCGGUGGUUGAUUGGCUUUCUCCUUCGCAGCCGCCUUCUGGGCGAUCAGCGCCUCGAGCAAGGGUGUGAUCUUCUGUUCGGGCUGCGGUUGUGCCGAGGGUGCGAGCAACUCGAGUGUAUCGAGAUCUGUGGACUUGACCGGUUCUUGUAGCGAUGCCAAGAAUGAGAUGUAGUCCUCAUCUUUGUCGAUCGUUCCGACGCGAGCAUCCUGUUUCUUGCGAUCGGACGGGACUUUCUGAUAUGGAGCAAAUUCCACGACAGCUUGUGAUUCGUUCCCUGCCUUGUCCCGAAAGACAUGGCCGUCAUACUCCUUACUGAAGACCGCCAGAUGUUCUUCGGUCUUGAACGCAAUAUAUGCGCGGGAUGGAACGUUCUCCUUAUUCAGUCGUUUCCGCAGUUUGCCAGGGUAGAACACCUUCCAGGAGACUGUAUCGUCGCUAACCCAGUUAUGGACACUUUGCCAGAAGAUAUCCUCCGGUAAAUUAGCCGGAAGCCUGCGUACUACCGUCUUGAGCUUCUCUUGUUCGUUGCUACGAGGUGCGCGCUUCUCG